UACUUGGCGCCGAGACGCUACCGCGUCUCUUGAUGUUAUUAUAACGUGCAUCUGGUUGUUAUUUCCUACUUAUAUGCAUAACGUUAAUAUAAGAGCGCCGCCCGUAGCAAAUUUUCCCAUUGCCAAUGGUUUUUUUAUCAAAGGUAAUGUGUUGCAUAUCAACGAAAAUGAAUGGCAAACCAUUCGGUUAUCUUUUGCAAAAAAUCGCCCAUUCCCUAUGGGAAAUUUUGCUACGGGUGUUCUGCUGACGAUAUGAAAAGGAGUGGGAAAUUACAACUAGCGUGCACGUUACAUUUAAUAUCGCGUCUGUUGGGUUUUUCCUGGAAAAUUCAUCAAGGCAAGGAAAACAAAUUUAACGGUUGACCGGGAGAAACGAGUACACACGGAAACGCGAGUAGAGAGUGGCAUCGGGUUACUGGAAGAAUGCGUGAAAAUAGAUGAACAAGAGUUUCGAUGACACGAGACACGUCGUUCCUAUUACGCGAUACUCUCCAGCCCUGAUCUGUACCAGCAGUUCAAGACUCCGGAGAAACUCGAUCGUCCGCUCGACUCCGCAGGUCCGCAAAUUAGAAACGGUGGACGGAACGGACAAUCUCAUUGGGUCGAGACAGGGUUGCUUGGUGAAGCAAUUACAUGGGACAAAAGAUGUGGAACGCCGCCCGAAGAAGCGUACGCUCUCAAGUGUAAUAGAAUGUAGGCAUAGACAGACAAGUAGGCAGGAAUCGAGCAACCCUACCCAUAGACCAUGCAACGCAUCUAGGAUCGGUGAUUAUUUUAAAUAACAAGAGGGACAAUAACACCAGUGACUUUUAACGGUACGAAUUUUUGAAGCAACGCCCUCACGCGUUGCGGAGUGACUGAAGAAGCGAAUCCUGCGGUUCACCGCUGUUCCUUUACACUAUGAGGAUGACAGAAUUGAGCAAGACCCGCAGACUUGGAUUGAAUUUUGUUCAAUCGCCGCAAAGCGUCAAACUGACACUCGUGGAAUCAUAAGGAAGUAACAGAGUCGCUUGGUGGGUAAUAGUGAUCGCAAGGAUUCGUAUGCGAUUCCGCCUUAUCCUUCUGGCUGAGCGAGGUCUGCCUCAAGGACUUCUUGCCGCUGAACAGGACCUCAGACGAUCGAAGCUUGCCUGCCUGCCUGGCUGUUUCUUGUCUUGUGACGCAAUCGAAUACCAAUGGCUACACGCGGAGGAUCACAGGGUCGCGCUUUAUGGAUGCUACCGACUAACGGUGUGUGUGCAUUCUCUAAUGCAAGAUGCUAGCCGUUCAGUGAUGUCAGACGUGGUGAAUGGGAGGCUGAUCGUUUUGCAUUAAAUCUGCGGAUUCUCUGUUGGAUGAUGCUCGUCUGGAAAGGACGAUUCCUGCAAUUUUAAUGUGAUUAGUCGUUUUUGAAGGGACAGAGUACAUCUUGUAGUACAAUUACAGCAGACUUGAAUUUGUCUAUGAAAUUUUUGGAUUUUAUAAAAAAAUUCAACAGGUCUUUGAUACGUGUGGUCAUUCGGCCAUAGCGGGCGAUGUACGUCUAUUGUUCUCGAAAUAGGAAACAAUGAGUUUGAUAAUUUUUUCUUUGUUUAGCAUUGAAAGAACUUAUUUUAAAGUGAUUAUUAAGUUUGACGAUUAUUGUUAGGCACUUUUUUUUACCGUGCAUUCGUUCUUGGGAUUAAUAGACUUAGUCAUUGGACAUAAUGAUAUUUAAAAAUGUUUUCGUAAAUUUUUUUAUUUAAAUGCUGACCGCUGUUUUUGUUUAAAAGAUAUAUUUAGACUUUUGGGAUCAAUUAGAAUUUAUGAAUUAGUUCUGUAACAGACAUAGUGGCUCCUUCUACUUGCUAGUAUGUUGUUAAAUGUAGUUCACGCUUUGUACACCAAGUAAUAUUCAGCAGGAGGUGAAUCUAUUGUGUGGCCAGCCACAGAAGUGCUCCUCUAUCUUGAGACAUAGUUAAGUGUGUCGGUAUACAUUACUGGCAGCGCACAGGUUCGUUAAUACACAAUUAAUGGUUACUUGAGAGUAUCAUUUAAAUAUAAUCUCAAAGUCGAUCUGAAUUCAUUCAUUAAAAAGUUACAGUUUCACACA